GUGGCCCCGGAUGAAGGGGGUGGGGCUUCCUGGUUACCGGGGCAGCCGUGACGUAGAAGGUUGGUCUCCUAGCAAUGGUUGCUGUGGUGACGGGGGCCCAGUCGGUAAGCGCUGAGCCCGGAUGGCCAGGUACCCGUGCUCCGGGGAAUGUCGCUGCGGCUGUCAUCCGCUGGUGGUGCCCCGUAGUCAGCGCUGGAACGAGAAGGACGUGGGCAACUGGAUCCAAAAACUGGGCUUCCCCCAGUACAAGGACUGUUUUAUAUCAAAUAGAAUCACUGGCAGGAAACUUAUUUUCGUCAACUGUUCCACCUUGCCUCGUAUAGGAAUCACGGACUUUGAACAUAUGAAGGUGAUUUCCCAUGCAAUUCAGAAACUGCUGGACAUCGAGGAACCACUCUGGUGUCGGAGCAUUUCCAAACCCCGCAGAGAUCCCAUGGGGCUGUUCCUGGAGCGCAAAGCUCCAACAGGCCGGAGAGCUGAUGCACUAACACUGGAAGAGUUCCUGAAGGAAAUGGAUGAGUAAACCGCUCCACACUCCGAGCACAAAUUGGGAAGCAUCUUGCCAACUGUAAAGAUCUCAGAAAACCUCAGACUUUUCAAAGUGGGAUCCCAGAGCCUAGAGAGACCAAUAAGAAUGGGAUUCCAGUCUGUCCGGGUUAUCAGAUUUCUGUAUUUCACGUGAUGCAGUAUUAUGGUAUUCUUGCUGCCAUGUCAUUGUGUGUGUGUCUUUGGUCAGUGAUCUGGUCACCGAUUCUUGUCACUAGUCACCACAUUUAUGACUUUCUACUUCAUCACAUCCUGUGAUAGGGCUGCACUGAAGUACUUAAUAUAAACGACAAAAUCCACCAGUUCUAAAUUGGGAACAAUCCAGGUAUUUUCACUAAAUGUAGUGUUUGACACCAGCAAAACUGAUUCAUAUUCAAACUGAAACAUUUUGAGUUGUGUAAAUGUUCUGACAGUUAACAGUUAUCAAUGGGAGCAGAUUGUCUGUUUAGAGGCUGUGUAAAAUACCCACUGUAUCUCCACCUAGCUCCAAUAGCAAAAUCUAUUACAUGUACUUGUUACAAGCUAAACUACCACCCUAGAUCUGAAACAAGUAAUUUAGGUUAAUGUUACAAUCCUUACUGAUGAUGGUUAGAUGAAGAUGAUGUGAGAUUUGUAGCAUCAAGUGCAAUUAUGCUCACCCAAAUUCAGGGAGAUGCAGACAAGGAGACAUUACAUUUCAAAAUAUCAGGUUCCACCACCGUUACACAUCCCUCCCAAGCCUUCCAUGGUCUCUGAUUUAUCAGAAUGUCCAGCCAGUCCUGCAUGAUCAGAAAUUUCCACCAAAAUGGGAACAGCAAAGCCAUUGUCUUUGAUCCUUGCCAGAAAAUGGAUUCCCUAAACAUGAUUUCUUCCCUGUCUCUGGGCAUUGUUUGAGGCUGAACCGGAUUGUUUGCUGCCCUAUCCUGGAAUACUUUUCUGACUACAUGGCAACCGAAUUGCGAAGACUAUCUAUAUUUUUACCUCAUUAACAUUGGCAGAUGUGGGGAGGAAGUGGCAUAAUGAUAAUGUCACUGGACUUGGAAUCCUGAACCCUGGGCUAAUGUUUUGGGACGUGGGUUUGAAUCCGAUCAUAGCGGAUUGUAAAAUUUAAAUUCAAUUUUAUUAACCAAUCUGGAAUAAAAAGCUAUCCAAAUGGC